AUGGUGAGGCCUCCUUGUUGUGACAAAGGAGGAGUGAAGAAAGGGCCAUGGACUCCCGAAGAAGAUAUCAUUUUAGUUACUUACAUCCAAGAACAUGGUCCUGGUAAUUGGAGGGCUGUUCCAACCAAUACUGACAAUGACAUAAAGAACUAUUGGAACACACAUUUGAAGAAGAAACUCAACAAAGCUAAUCAAGAUUCUCAUCAAGAACUUGAUCAAUCAAGAGACCGUUCCUCGCUCUCUUCUUCUCCAUCGUCUUCUUCUGCUAAUUCCAACUCAAACAUCUCAAGAGGCCAAUGGGAAAGAAGGCUUCAAACCGAUAUUCACUUGGCCAAAAAGGCUCUCUCUGAGGCUUUGUCUCCUGCCGUAGCACCAAUCGCCACCUCAACAUUGGCAACUACUACAACAUCUUCCUCCGCUGAAUCAAGACGCUCUACUUCCUCAGCUUGCGGGUUUCUUAGGACGCAAGAAACAUCUACCACUUAUGCCUCAAGUACCGAGAAUAUAGCGAAAUUGCUCAAAGGAUGGGUGAAGAACUCGCCGAAGACUCAGAACUCCCCGGAUCAAAUGGUUUCUCCAGAUUCCGAGUCAAAAGAUGUGAUCAAGAGUGAUGUUGAGAAGGACUGUCUAGGGGCAUUUCAGACAUUUUCGGGGUUUGAUCACUUGAAAGAUUGUGACUCAUCAUAUGAUCAGGGUGGAGUUUCACCUGAUCAUGAGACCAAACCAGAUAUAACCGGAUGCAGUAACCAAAGUCAAUGGUCUUUGUUCGAGAAGUGGCUGUUUGAGGAUUCUGGUGGACAGAUUGGCGAUAUUCUAUUGGAUGAAAACCCUAAUUUCUUCUGA